GACUGGGGAAGGUCAGUGUGUAGGAGACAGUUUUCUCCUACAGAAGCUACAGCAGUUACAAGAAACACUGACAAUUAUGGAUCCAUCUGACAUUCAAAGAAUAAAGAUAGCUGUCAUUGGUGGUGGCUUGGUUGGAGCAUUAAAUGCAUGCUUCCUUGCAAAGAGAAAUUUCCAAGUUGAUGUAUAUGAAGCUCGGGAAGAUAUCCGAGUGGCUAAAUUUGCACGUGGAAGAAGCAUUAACUUGGCACUUUCUUAUAGAGGACGACAAGCCUUGAAAGCCAUUGGUCUGGAAGAUCAGAUUGUAUCCCAAGGUAUCCCCAUGAGAGCAAGAAUGAUUCAUGCUCUUUCAGGAAAAAAGUCUGCAAUUCCCUAUGGGACAAAGUCGCAGUAUAUUCUUUCUAUAAGCAGAGAAAAUCUGAACAAGGAGCUAUUGACUGCUGUUGAGAAAUAUCCCAAUGCAAAGGUGCACUUUGGUCACAGGCUGCUGAAAUGUGACCCCAAGGAAGGAAUGAUCACAGUGCUUGGAUCUAACAAAGUUCCCCAGGAUGUCCCUUGUGACCUCAUUGUAGGCUGUGAUGGCGCCUUUUCAACCGUCAGGGCUCACCUCAUGAAGAAGCCCCGCUUUGACUACAGUCAGCAGUACAUCCCCCAUGGGUACAUGGAGCUGACCAUUCCGCCCCGGCGCGGGGACUAUGCCAUGGAACCAAAUUAUCUACAUAUUUGGCCUAGAAACACCUUUAUGAUGAUUGCGCUUCCUAACAUGAACAAAUCCUUCACGUGUACUUUGUUCAUGCCCUUUGAAGAGUUUGAAAAACUUCUAACUGGUAGCGAUGUGCUGGAUUUCUUCCAGAAGUACUUUCCGGAUUCUAUCCCUCUAAUUGGAGCGCAAGCCCUAGCACGAGAUUUCUUUCUGUUGCCUGCUCAGCCCAUGAUCUCCGUAAAGUGCUCCACUUUCCACUUCGAAUCACGCUGUGUGCUCAUGGGCGAUGCGGCUCAUGCCAUAGUGCCUUUUUUUGGGCAAGGAAUGAACGCGGGCUUUGAAGACUGCUUGGUAUUUGAUGAGUUAAUGGAUAAAUUCAAUAAUAACCUUAGUAUGUGCCUUCCUGAAUUCUCAAGAUUUAGAAUUCCAGAUGACCAUGCGAUUUCAGACCUUUCCAUGUACAAUUACAUAGAGAUGCGAGCGCACGUCAACUCAAGGUGGUUCAUCUUCCAGAAGGCCAUAGAGAGGUUUCUUCAUGCCAUUAUGCCAUCUACCUUUAUCCCUCUCUAUACCAUGGUCACCUUCUCCAGAAUAAGAUACCAUGAGGCUAUGUUGCGCUGGCACUGGCAAAAAAAGAUGAUAAGAAAAGGACUCUUUCUAUUUGGAACACUGGUUGCCGCUGGUAGUCCCUACCUACUGCUGCACUCUGGGUUGCCUGCAGCCCUGGGCUACUUGAGGAGACUGUGGGACUGGGUCCCUUACUUCCAGAGUACAACACAUCUCCCUGCCCACUCUGUGGAGUCACUAGAACAAAUUUCCAAUGUCAUUAGCAGAUGAUACAAAGGUCCUGCAGUAGCAAAUUCUUGAUUUCUCUGUGAACAAAACUAAGGAUCAAAAUCAUUGUUUCCAUCAUCAUAUUUAAUUUGCUACUGGAAGGUAUUAGUCAGUUUACAGUUAAAUACAAUGUAUAAUUC